CAACAACACAACAGGAGAGCAGCAGCUUAAUUCCCCAUAGUGCAUUAGUAGUACUGGAAACAUCACAACGGGAAAUUCAAGUCUCUUACACACCACCAUAAUGCUUCUUCUCGAUUACCAAAAUGUACUCAUUCAAUCCGUACUCACGGAGAGAUUCUCAGGAGCACCACCGGUGAACAUUGAUCAAACUGUAGCCGAUUUCGACGGUGUUACUUUCCACAUCUCGACCCCUGAAGCAAAGACCAAAAUUCUCAUUUCCAUACAAGUCAAAUGCUACGAUGAACUUGUACGAUAUGGCGCUCAGCAGGUUCUUGAGCGUGAAUAUGGUCCAUACGUUGUUGCGCCGGAAAGUGGUUACAAUUUCUCGGUGCAAGUUGAUUUAGAAAGUCUGCCAGAAGAAAAGGAAGCCCGAGAUGAUUUGAUUAGACGCAUAUCCUUAUUGAAACGAAAUGCCAUGGCUGCGCCAUUCGAGCAUGCCUUCACCGAAUUCCACAAAUUACAGGAGGAAGCAUCGAAGUUCACGUCUGAGGAAGCUCCCCAGGGUGUCAGAGAAGGUGGAGAUGUUAUGGCAAUUCAUUACCGUGAUGAAGAAGCGAUUUAUAUCAAAGCCAGUCACGACAGAGUUACUGUUAUCUUCAGUACAGUAUUCCGCGAAGAGACAGAUAGAGUAUUCGGAAGGGUCUUUAUUCAAGAGUUCGUAGAUGCCCGAAGGAGAGCUAUUCAAAACGCUCCUCAAGUAUUGUUCAGAACCGAUCCGCCAUUGGAGCUUCAAGGAGUUCCAGGAGUAAAGGACAAUGGCAGUGGAGAUAUUGGAUAUGUUACAUUUGUUUUAUUCCCACGUCACCUCACACUUCAACGAAGAGAUGAAGUUAUUUCCCACAUCCAAACCUUCCGUGAUUACUUCCAUUACCAUAUCAAAGCAUCAAAGGCAUACAUUCACUCUAGAAUGCGUACACGUACCGCAGACUUCUUGCAAGUUCUGAGAAGAGCACGCCCAGAGAACGAAGAGAAAGAGAGAAAGACAGCUACCGGACGCACUUUCAAGGUCCAAGGUUGA